AUGAGUAGUUUCGCACGGUUGUGCUGGAUUGGCACUCCAGUACAGUGGUUGCAUUGUCGGUGCAGGUAUGGUAGUCGGGUUAGCGGCAAACUUGUUGGGCACUGUAACCGGGGCACCUCGUGGUCGAAGACCGGCGCUGCGCUCCAGAAACGCUCUCGAAUAGUGCACUGGGGUAGCACGCGGCGAUUAUGCGACAUCUCUUGCGCUUGGGGAGGUGGUAGCAGAAAUGGUCCGGGUUCGGGUUCAGGCAGAGGUUCCGAAGGGCCUGCUGACGACUUGUUCAGGAAUCGAGUAGAGACUCGCGCGCGCUGGCAACGGUUAUGGCAGCAGCCGUUCAGAACUCUGUUCCAAGACGAGUACUUUGCCUGGUCGACAACAGGAGUGCGACAUCCUCCUACUUCCACUGCUAUCCUUGGUUUGUUUUUGAUUGCAAUUAUGGCGCUGGUCAUUCCAAUUUUUCUUGUUUUGCUUGCAGUGGCAUCGCAGCUCAUGAUGCUUGCACUGGUGGUUGGCGUUCCAGUGUUCCUGCUCGGUGCUGUAUCGUUCCUCGGCUUGGGUGGACUGCUCUGUAUCAGUGGAGUCGCUCUUACCGGAGCGGUCGUGAUGCCGGUGCUGGCCCUGAGUGGGUCGGUUUCAGUGCUGGCAUGGCCAGCGCUCUGCAUCGCGUCUGUAGGCACAUACUGGCUGUUUUCACGCCGACGCAGACAGCGUGUGGAUCUGCAAGCCGCAGACGACAUUCAGCUACCCACUCCUGGCGAGACCUCACCCGAGGAAUCCUAUCUGCAGCGCGUCCGGGAAGACUUGGCCCAAUUCGAUGCGCGCUUAUAUGGAGCAAGCGCUCCUGACAUGCUGACGGAAACACGGGAGAAUACCAAGUUACCGUUUCCCUUGCGCCUGGCACAGGAGUCCCCUAAGAAGAUUUGGGGUGUCUCGCGAAAGGAGGUCGAGCGAUGGACCGAGCGUGAUGUAGCUGAGGCGGCGAAAAGCUUUGGUCUGCCUCCUCGAGUAUGCAAGUGGCUAGCACGCGAGCUCGUCGACGGUCGCGUUGUAUUGGCCCUAACCGAGACUGAGCAGCAAGAACUGGUAUCGACGGUGCAACCGCGGCUAACGUUCGGCGAGCGCAAAAUGCUCAAGGAGUUUUUGCGGUAUUUAUCUCGGGCUAUUUGA